AUGGCUACUGACUCCUGGGCCCUUGCUGUCGAUAAACAGGAAUAUUCGACUGACUCAGUAAGUUUAAAUGUAUAGGCUAGCAAGUUUAGCUAGCUUGUGGAGAAUGGCACCAAUGUAGAAGGGGAAGAAAAAGAGGACAAAGCGGCCCAGUCAUUGUUGAAUAAGAUGAUCCACACCAGCCUUGUGAACACUACCAAUCAAGUAGAGGUUCUUCAGAGGGAUCCCAACUCUCCUCUUUACUCAGUCAAGACAUUUGAAGAGCUGAGACUGAAAGAUAAGCUGCUAAAGGGAGUGUAUGACAUGGGCUUCAACAGACCCUCUAAGAUCCAGGAGAAUGCCCUGCCCAUGAUGCUGGCAGAGCCACCUCAGAACCUGAUUGCCCAAUCACAGUCCGGCACAGGUAAAACAGCUGCCUUCGUGCUGGCCAUGCUCAGCCAUGUCGACCCAACUAACAAAUGGGCACAGUGUCUUUGCAUUGCCCCAACGUACGAGCUAGCUUUGCAGACUGGUAAAGUCAUUGAGCAGAUGGGGAAAUUCUAUCCUGAGGUCAAAUUGGCAUAUGCCAUUCGUGGCAAUAAAUUGGACAGAGGGGCGAAGCUUCAGGAGCAGAUUGUCAUCGGGACACCUGGCACGGUCUUGGACUGGUGCUCUAAACUGAAGAUCAUCAACCCCAAGAAGAUCAGCGUCUUUGUCCUGGACGAGGCUGAUGUCAUGAUCGCCACACAAGGUCACCAGGACCAGAGCAUCCGGAUCCAAAGAAUGUUGCCAAAGGAAUGUCAGAUGCUGCUGUUCUCUGCCACCUUUGAGGACUCCGUGUGGAAGUUUGCUGAGAGGGUUGUGCCAGACCCCAACGUCAUCAAGCUGAAACGUGAAGAGGAGACUCUGGACACCAUCAAGCAGUAUUACGUGCUUUGCAGCGACAAGGAGGAAAAGUUUACAGCACUCUGUAAUAUCUACGGCGCCAUCACCAUCGCCCAAGCUAUGAUCUUCUGUCACACCCGAAGGACAGCUGGCUGGCUGGCUGCAGAGCUGACCAAGGAGGGCCAUGUGGUGGCGCUGCUGAGUGGGGAGAUGACUGUGGAACAGAGAGCGGCCAUCAUCGAACGCUUCAGGGAGGGCAAAGAGAAAGUCCUGGUGACCACCAACGUAUGCUCCAGAGGCAUUGAUGUUGAGCAAGUUUCUGUGGUGAUAAAUUUUGACCUGCCCAUGGACAAAGACGGAAACGCUGACAACGAGACAUACCUUCACCGGAUUGGUCGCACAGGACGUUUUGGCAAGAGGGGCCUUGCAGUCAAUAUGAUUGACAGCAAACACAGCAUGAACAUUCUCAACCAAAUCGAGGAACAUUUCAAUAAGAAGAUCAAUAAGCUUGACACUGAUGAUCUCGAUGAAAUCGAGAAAAUCAGCAACUAG